GAGUCUCCCAAGGUCUCAAGUCCCAAUUAGCUUCGCUUAAGCCUUGGCUGGCCCCCCCAAUCGGCCAGCCAAUCCAAUCCAAUCCACCAUUGGGCGGGGAGAGAUCGCAGGAGGGACUGGGAGAGCGGGUGGGGCGGGGAUGGCGGCGGCGGCGGGAAGCAGGGAUGUGGAGUUCAUCCGCGCGCGCAGCGACAAGCGGCAGUACCGCCGGGUGGUGCUCCCCAACGCGCUCGAGAUCCUGCUCAUCAGCGACCCUGACACCGACAAGGCGGCGGCGUGCAUGGAGGUCGAGGUGGGCUCGUUCAGCGACCCGGAGGGGCUCGAGGGCCUCGCGCACUUCCUCGAGCACAUGCUAUUUUAUGCCAGCGAGAAAUACCCAGGAGAACAUGAGUAUACGAAAUAUAUCACAGAGCAUGGUGGCUCUUACAAUGCAUAUACAAGCUCAGAGACAACAAAUUUCUAUUUUGACGUCAAUGUGGACAAUUUUGAAGAAGCUUUAGAUAGAUUUGCUCAGUUCUUUAUUAGGCCGCUGAUGUCACAGGAUGCUGUUCUUAGAGAGAUAAAAGCUGUUGAUUCUGAGCACAAGAAAAACUUAUUGUCCGAUGGCUGGAGAAUGUAUCAGCUUCAAAAGCAUCUGGCUUCAAAGGACCACCCUUACCAUAAAUUCAGUACCGGAAGUUGGGAAACACUGGAAACUAAACCAAAAGAGAGGGGCUUGGACAUCAGGCAUGAACUUCUGAAGUUUUAUGAGAAUUAUUCAGCAAAUCUUAUGCACCUUGUUGUCUAUGGAAAGGAGAGCCUCGAUUGCAUUCAGGGCUUGGUUGAUCGUUUGUUUAGUGACAUAAAAAACACUGACCGGAUAAGCUUCAAGUGUCCGAGUCAUCCUCUUUCAGAGGAACAUUUGCAGCUUCUUGUCAAAGCACUGCCAAUCGAAGAAGGCGACUAUCUAAGAUUAAUAUGGCCAAUUAUACCUAGCAUCCAGUUCUACAAAGAAGGUCCUUGCCACUAUCUGAGUCACCUUAUUGGGCAUGAAGGCGAGGGGUCCAUCUUCCAUAUAAUAAAGGAACUAGGAUGGGCCAUGAACUUGAUGGCUGGAGAGAGCACUAACAGCACUGAAUAUUCUUUUUUCUCAGUAAGCAUGAGGCUCACUGAUGCUGGUCAUGAACACAUGGAAGAUAUUGUUGGGUGGAUCUUCAAAUAUCUUUUUCUAUUAAAAGAAGAUGGAGUUCAUGAGUGGAUAUUUAAUGAGCUUGUGGCAAUAAAUGAAACGGAGUUCCAUUAUCAAGACAAAAUUGAUCCAAUCAGCUAUGUGACGGGUACUGUCUCAAGUAUGCGGUUGUUCCCGCCAGAAGAGUGGCUGGUUGGAUCAGCAUUGCCAUCGAAGUAUGUACCACAAAGAAUAAUGAUGAUACUCGAUCAGUUGUCACCUGAAAGAGUAAGAAUAUUCUGGGAGUCCAAAAAAUUUGAAGGAUGUACUACCUCUGCUGAGCCCUGGUAUAAUACAUCAUAUUCUGUUGAAAAUGUUACUCCUUCUGUGAUACAGCAAUGGAUUCAAAAAGCUCCCACGGAGAAACUCCACCUCCCAGAGCCUAACAUGUUCAUUCCAAAGGAUUUUGCUCUUAAAGAAGUGACUGAAAAGGUUACUUUUCCAAAAGUAUUAAGGAAGACACCACUUUCACGGUUGUGGUAUAAGCCUGAUUUGCUGUUCUCCACGCCAAAGGUUCACAUUAUAAUUGAUUUCCACUGCCCAUUAUCAAGCCACUCCCCGGAAGCAUAUGUUUCUACUGAUCUCUUUGUUGAUUUGUUAGUGGAUUAUUUGAACGCUUAUGCUUAUGAUGCUCAAAUUGCUGGUUUAUACUAUUCAAUAUAUCUUACUUCGGAUGGAUUCCAGGUCUCCUUAGGUGGUUACAAUGAUAAGAUGAGGGUUCUCCUAAAUGCCAUACUGAAGCAAAUUGCUAAUUUUGAAGUUAAGCCAAACAGGUUUUCUGCCCUGAAGGAAACUACAGUCAAGGACUACCAAAAUUUCAAUUUCAGGCAACCACAUUCUCAAGCUUCAUUCUAUGUAUCUUUAAUAUUAGAAGAUAAAAAAUGGCCUGUAGCUGAGAAACUUGAAGCUCUUGCGAAGCUUGAAUCAGAUUCUCUCGCGAAGUUCUUACCAAACUUGCUAUCAAAGACAUUUUUGGAAUGUUAUAUUCAAGGGAACAUUGAACCAAGUGAGGCCAAAUCCAUUGCACAGGAGAUUGAGGACACUAUAUUCAAUACCCCCAAUACUAUGUUCAAAUCCAUGUCUCCAUCACAAUAUCUGACUAAAAGGGUUAUCAUGCUUGAAAAUGAAUUGAAAUGCCACUACCAAAUUGAGGGCUUAAAUCAGAAAAAUGAGAAUUCAUCAGUUAUCCAAUAUAUCCAGGUACAUCAAGAUGAUGCCAGUUCGAAUAUCAAACUUCAGCUGUUCUCUUUAAUUGCUAGCCAGCCUGCCUUCAAUCAGCUGCGGACAGUUGAGCAACUUGGGUAUAUAACAAGUCUUUCUCUAAGAUCCGACUAUGGAGUCUGGGCGCUCCAGGUGCUUAUUCAGUCCACAGUUAAGGAUCCUUCGUACCUUGAUGCUAGAAUUGACGAAUUCUUCAAGAUGUUUGAAAGCAAAAUCCAUGAACUGUCUGACAAGGAUUUCAAGAGAAAUGUGAAAUCACUCAUUGAUUCUAAACUGGAGAAGUUCAAAAACUUGUGGGAGGAAUCUCAUUUCUACUGGGGAGAGAUUGACGCAGGGAUUCUCAAGUUCGAUAGGGUCGAGUCUGAGGUCGCCCUCCUAAGGGAGCUGAAGAAAGAAGAAUUCAUUGCGUUCUUCGAUCAGUACAUAAAAUUGGAUGCGCCCCAAAGGAGGACACUAAGCGUGCAAGUCUUCAGUGGCAACCAUUCGGCAGAGUUCAAGAAGGCGGCCGCCGAAGCUGAUCCACCGAAAACGUACAGGAUUACAGACAUAUUCGGCUUCAAACGAUCGAGGCCGCUGUACAGCUCACUCAAGGGAGGUCCGGGCAGGAUCACAAUGGAUUGAAAAGCUAUAUCAGGCUGCUACUCGUCUUGUUAUAGUUAUAGGCUGUGCAGACUCAUGAACUAGAUUUUAAUUGGCUCCAUCAAGAUUCGAUUGCACAGUUGAUGUUAUCCUUCGGUCACGGCUUAACCAAUAAUGCACGACCACAUGUCGCUUUCUGGAGAAAUCUAAGAGCUGUACAGAACCACGUACACAUGUUGGUUCGUGUUUCUUCUGGGUUCUGAUAA